AUGUCGAGCACUCACGCUCUGAAUCUUUCUAUCUCUCUGGCUUAUAUUCGACGGAAACGACGCUCACGCAAGUGGAACCCGGUGGUUCGCGGCCUGGCAGAAGCCCCAACGUUGAACGAGAUCACACGACGUUUCCGUAUGAGCAAGGCCUUGUUUUUAUCUCUUCUAGAUGCUAUUGGAAGCUACGACCCAUAUUUUACGUGGAAGCAGGACUGCACUGGGAAAAAGGUGUGCAUCCUGCUAUUAAAGUCACAGCAGCAUUGA